GGUCUCUCUCCUGGUCCCCAGACCUACAUCGGGUCCAUCCUGGCGGCGGUGAACCCGUACCGGCCUCUCUCCGGCCUGUACGACCGUCCGGCCGUGGAGCUGUACGGCCGGCGCCACCUCGGGGAGACGUCCCCGCACAUCUUCGCCGUGGCCAACGAGGUCUACGGCUCGCUGUGGAGGCGGCAGCAGGACCAGUGCGUCCUGAUCAGUGGAGAGAGCGGCGCCGGUAAAACCGAGAGCACCAAGCUGAUCCUGAAGUUCCUGUCGGCCAAGAGCCAGCAGUCCCUGGAGGCGGCGGCCGGGACGUCCUGCGUGGAGGAGGCGCUGCUGGAGAGCAGCCCCAUCAUGGAGGCUUUUGGGAACGCCAAGACCGUCCACAACAACAACUCCAGCCGCUUCGGGAAGUUCGUCCAGCUGCACUUUUGCCAGAAGGGGAACAUCCAGGGCGGCCGCAUCGUGGACUACCUCUUAGAAAAGAACCGAGUGGUCCGACAGAACCCGGGAGAGAGAAACUACCACAUCUUUUACGCCCUGUUGGCCGGAACCAACAGCCAGCAGAGAGAGGCCUUCUCCCUGACCCCCCCUGACAGCUUCCACUACCUCAGACCUUCCGGUUGCGUCUCUGACAAAACGAUCAACGACGUCGGCACAUUUCAGGACGUCCAGAAUGCAAUGCGGACGAUGCAGUUCACGGAGGAGAACAUCGGGGAGAUCCUGCGCCUCCUCGCCGGAGUCCUCCACACCGGGAACAUCGAGUUCAUGACGGCCGGAGGAGCUCAGGUCUCCUCCAAGUCAGCCGCGCUGAGCCGGACCUCUGAUCUCUUGGGGCUGAUCCCAGACCAGCUGGCCGAGGUCCUGACCCACCGGUCCAUGAUCCUCCGCGGCGAGGAGAUCUCCACGCCGCUCACCGUGGAGCAGGCCGUGGACUCCAGAGACUCCAUGGCCAUGGCCCUGUACUCUCAGUGCUUCAACUGGAUCAUCAGGAAGCUCAACAACCGCAUCCGGGGCCAACAGGACUUCAAGUCCGUCAGCAUCCUGGACAUCUUCGGCUUCGAGAACUUCGAGGUGAACCGCUUCGAGCAGUUCAACAUCAACUACGCCAACGAGAAGCUGCAGGAGUACUUCAACAAGCACAUCUUCUCCCUGGAGCAGCUGGAGUACAACAAGGAGGGGCUGGUGUGGGCCGACAUCAACUGGAUGGACAACGGAGAAUGUCUGGACCUCAUCGAGAAGAAACUGGGUCUCCUGGCACUGAUGAAUGAGGAGAGUCACUUCCCUAAAGCCACAGACGGCACCUUGCUGGAGAAGCUGCACAGCCAGCACUCGAAAAACUCUUUCUACGUGAAACCUCGCGUUGCUGUGCACAGCUUUGGAGUGAAGCACUAUGCGGGAGAGGUGGUGUACGACGUGAGGGGGAUGUUGGAGAAGAACAGAGACACUUUCAGAGACGACAUCCUCAACCUGCUGCGGGAGAGCAGGCUGGACUUCGUCUACGACCUCUUCGAACACGUGCUGAGCCGGAACAAGCAGGACACCCUGAGGGGCUCCAAGCACCGCAGGCCCACCGUCAGCACCCAGUUCAAGGACUCUCUUCACUCUCUGAUGGCGACGCUCAGCACGUCUAAUCCAUUCUUCAUCCGGUGCAUCAAACCAAAUAAACACAAGAUGCCGGACCAGUUCGACCAGACGCUGGUCCUGAACCAGCUCAGGUAUUCCGGCAUGUUGGAGACGGUGAAGAUUCGCCGCGCCGGCUUCCCGGUCCGGAGACCUUUCCAGGACUUCUGCUCCCGGUACAAGGUGCUGAUGCCGGGCGUGCUGACGCCGGACGACCACAGGGGGCGCUGCGUCCAGCUGCUGCACCGCCACGACAGCGGCGGGGCAGAGUGGCAGCUGGGGAAGACCAAGGUGUUCCUCCGGGAGUCUCUGGAGCAUCUCCUGGAGAAGCAGAGGGAGGUGGAGGUGCUGAGGGCCGCCACGGUGAUCCAGGCCCACGUCCUGGGCUUCACGGCCCGGAAGCGGUACCGGAAGCUGCUGCAGUGCAUUGUGGUCCUCCAGAAGAACUACCGGGCGGUCCGCUGCAGGAGGCGGUUCCUGCUGCUCCGCUGGGCGGCGCUCGCCUUCCAGAGGCGCCUGAGAGGCCGGCUGGCCCGCCGGGCCUACAGCCGGCUGCUGGAGGAGAGGAAGACGAGGGAGGAGGAGGAGGAGGAGAGGGAGAGACUGAAGCUGGAGGCUGAGAUCAUCGCCAGAGAGGCUGAGGAGGCCAGACGGCUGGAGGAGCUCCACCUGGUGGAGGAGUUGGCCUCUCUGGCUCUGCCUCAACCUGCAGCAGGUCGUAACACGCCGGAGUCAGCGGAGGCGUCCAGUGAGGCGUCCAAUGAGGCGUCCAGUGAGGCGUCCAAUGAGGCGUCCAAUGAGGCGUCCAGUGAGGCGUCCAAUGAGGCGUCCAAUGAGGCGUCCAGUGAGGCGUCCAAUGAGGCGUCCAAUGAGGCGUCCAGUGAGGCGUCCAAUGAGGCGUCCAAUGAGGCGUCCAGUGAGGCGUCCAAUGAGGCGUCCAGUGAGGCGUCCAAUGAGGCGUCCAAUGAGGCGUCCAGUGAGGCGUCCAAUGAGGCGUCCAAUGAGGCGUCCAAUGAGGCGUCCAAUGAGGCGUCCAAUAAGCCGGGCGAGGCCAUCCGCCCCCACGAGGCGUCUCAGGUGGAGGAGAUCCUGCGGCUGGAGCGGGAGAUCCAGUCCCUGCAGCGGCUGAAGGAGCGCCAGGAGCUCAGCCUGACGGAGGCCUCGCUGCACCGCCUGCAGCGGCUGCGCGACCAGGAGCUGCGGCGCCUGGAGGACGAGGCGUGCGAAGCGGCGCAGCGGUUCCUCGACUCGCUGAACUUCGACGAGAUCGACGAGUGCGUGAGGAACAUCGAGAGCUCGCUGGGCGGCGGCGGCGAAGGGCAGGAGGAGAAGAAGGAGGGCGGCCGGAGGAGGGCCGGCGAGGAGGAGGAGGUCGACGAAGGGUUCGGGGCGGACGACGAGGCCUUCAAGGACUCGCCCAACCCGAGCGAGCACGGCCACUCGGACGGCCAGCGGACGAGCGGGAUCCGGACGAGCGACGACUCGUCCGAAGAAGACCCGUACGCCAACGACGGCGUGGCCCCGCCCCCACCGCCGCCGGUGCCCCUCGCCUGCCGCCCGCAGGCCUCGUCCGAGGCGCCCGACGACGACCCGGUGGAGCUCAUCCCGCCGGACGAGGAUUCUGACUACGACCACGACGACGAGGGCGCCGCCGUGUCCGGUGGCAGCGUGGCCGUCGCCAACGCCUGCAGCGGCACGUGGUCCCCGGACUACCGCGGCUCUGUUGGCACCUACAACAGCUCAGGGGCCUACCGCUUCAGCUCGGAGGGGGCCCAGUCAUCGUUUGAGGACAGCGAGGACGACUUCGACAGGCUGGACACCGACGACGAGCUGUCGUACCGACGGGACUCCGUCUACAGCUGCGUCACGCUGCCGUACUUCCACAGCUUCCUCUUCAUCAAAGGCGGCCUCCUGAACGCGUGGCAGCGCCGCUGGUGCGUCCUGAAGGACGAGACGUUCCUGUGGUUCCGGGCCAAGCAGGAGGCCCUGAAGCAGGGCUGGCUGCACAAGAAGGGCGGCGGCUCGGCCACGCUGUCGCGCCGCAACUGGAAGCGCCGCUGGUUCGUGCUGCGGCAGAGCAAGCUCAUGUACUUCGAGAACGACGGCGAGGAGCGCCUGAAGGGGGCGCUGGAUAUGCACCACGCCAAAGAGAUCGUGGAUAACACCGGGAAGGAGAACGGGAUCAACAUCGUGAUGCCGGAGAGGACGUACCAGCUGAUCGCCGAGACCGCCGAGGACGCCAGCCAGUGGUUCAGCGUGCUGAGUCAGGUCCACGGCGCCACGGAGCAGGAGAUCCGAGAGAUGCACGACGAGCAGGCCAACCCCCAGAACGCCGUGGGCACGCUGGACGUGGGGAUGAUCGACUCGGUUUGUGCAGCAGACAAUCCGGAGAGGCCGAACUCCUUCGUGAUGAUCACGGCGAACCGCGUGCUGCACUGCACCGCCGACACGCCGGAGGAGAUGCACCACUGGAUCACGCUGCUGCAGCGCUCCAAGGGAGACACGCGCGUCGACGGCCAGGAGUUCGUCAUCCGAGGCUGGCUGCACAAGGAGAUGAAGAGCAGCUCCAAGGCCUCGCUGAAGCUCACCAAGCGCUGGUUCCUGCUCACGCACAACUCGCUGGACUACUACAAGAGCUCGGAGCGCAGCGCCCCCAAGCUGGGGGCGCUGGUACUGAGCAGCCUCUGCUCGGUGGCGGCGCCGGACGAGCGCGUCUUCAAGGACACCGGCUACUGGAGUGUGAUUGUGUACGGCCGUAAGCACUCGUACCGUCUGUACUGUAAGCUGCUGAGCGAGGCGGCGCGCUGGGCCAACGCCGUCCAGACGGUGAUCGACGCCAAGGCGCCCAUCGACACGCCCACGCAGCAGCUGCUGCAGGACAUCAAGGAGAACUGCCUGAACCCGGAGGUGGUGGACCAGGUCUACAAGAGGAACCCCAUCCUCCGCCACAGCCUCCACCCGCUGCACUCGCCACUGCUGCCGCUGCCCUACGGAGACAUCCACCUCAGCGCCCUGAGACACCGGAGCUACACCACGCUGCAGGACGAAGCCCUCCAGGUGUUCAGCUCGCUGCAGCACCUGGAGGGCGUGGCCGACCCGGUGCCCGUCAUCCAGGGCGUCCUGCGCGCCGGCCAGGAGCUCAAGGCGCUGCGCGACGAGCUCUACUGCCAGCUGGUCAAGCAGACGGUGCGGCCGCCGCGGCCCGGCAGCCCCGGGGACCUCUGCGGCUGGAAGAUCCUGGCCUGCAUGUCGUGCACCUUCCUCCCCACCAGGAGCAUCCUGCGAUACCUCCGCUUCCACCUCAAGAGGACUCGGGAGCUCGCCCCCGGCUCGGAGAUGGAGCGCUACGCCGCCUUCGCCCUGGACGCCCUGAGGAAGACCCGGAGCCGGGAGAACGUCCCGUCGCUGGAGGAGAUCCGCUCCAUCGUGGCCCGGCAGGACAUGAGCACCACGGUUCACUGCCACGGAGGAGGCUCCUGCAGGAUCACCAUCAACUCGCACACCACGGCGGGAGAGGUGGUGGAGAAGCUGAUCCGGGGUCUGACCAUGGAGGACAGCCGCAACAUGUUCGCUCUGUUCGAGCACAGCGCCGCCGCAGAGAAGGCCAUCGAGAGCCGCACCGUGGUGGCCGACGUGCUCGCCAAGUUUGAAAAGCUUUCGGCGAGCCCGGACGAGCACAGCGCCGGGUGGAAGUUCUACUUCAAGCUUUACUGCUUCCUGGACACGGAGCGCGUCCCCCCGGACGGCGUGGAGUUCGCCUUCAUGUUCGAGCAGGCCCAUGAAGCCGUGAUCCGGGGUCGGUACCCGGGCCCCGAGGAGACCCUCCAGUUCCUGGCUGCCCUGCGGCUUCAGUACCUGCAGGGCGACCACAGCGCCCAGGCCGGUGACCCCGACAUGUCCCUGGUGUUCCCCAUGGCGCGGUUGCGGGCCCGCGUGCAGAACUCGGCCAGGACCUUCGCUCCCGGCUCCGGCUCGGGGACCGCGGAGAGGAAGCGCUCGAGCUUCCUGGAGGGAACGCUGAGGCGGAGCUUCCGGAGCGGCUCGCUGAGUCGGCAGAAGCUGGAGGAGGAGAACAGCCUGGAGGCGUGGCUGAGGGAGGAGGCGGCGGCGGUGAGGACCAGCGUGACGGACAAGUGGAGGAAGCUGCAGGGCAUGAGCCAGAACGCGGCCAUGGUCAAGUACAUGGCGGUGGCCAAGGAGUGGCCGGGCUACGGCUCCACGCUGUUCAACGUGGAGUGUCGUGACGGAGCGUUCCCGGCCGAGCUGUGGCUCGGCGUGAGCCGCGACGCCGUGUCGCUGUACCAGCGCGGCGAGCCGUGGCCCCUGGAGGUCUUCCCCUACGAACACAUCCUGUCCUUCGGAGCGCCGCUCGCCAACACCUACAGGAUCGCCGUGGAGGGCCGGGAACUCGUCUUUGAAACGCCCACGGUCAUGGACAUAGCCAAGCUGAUGAAGGCCUACAUCAGCAUGAUCGUGAAGAAGCGCUACAGUAACUGUCAGUCGGUCAGCAGCCACAGCAGCCAGUGCAGCGCCUGGUGAACAACGCCCUCUGACCCCUUGACCUCUGGAUGACCCUGACCGCUGUCGACGAACCGCGAGUCAUUGAGAACACGGAGAGGUCGGAACGUUGAAAAGGUUUCGACUGUUGUUGGAGUCCACGAGGGUUUCCCCCCCCCCCACACACACACACACACACACACACACACACACACACACACACACAACCUUUCCAUCACUUUUCUUCUGCGUUUUCAGCUUUUUUCAAAAGUUGUGCAACUGGACGCCGACUUCACGGCGAGCGCCGCUCUGUCAAUAAAUAAGUCCCAAAUGGUCAACGCCCGUUUUCCUUUUGAGCUGCAGGACUCGAGAAGCUAGAAGCACCAAAAUGAUCUUAUAUCACAAUGACCCCCCCCCCACACACACACACACACACAAGUGAAAAGCGCUUUGAAGUGGAGUCGAAGGAAACGCUGACGGGACGAUGUCGAUGUUUUCUUUUGAGGAAUAUAAAAUACCCAAAUAACAGAGAAAAUGAGCAAAUUCAACUUGUAAACUGUUUUCUCAGGCCAAAGAACAGCAGCUGUGUGUAUGUGUGUGUGUGUGUAUAAAUAACGCAACUGUA